UAUUAAUAUGAUUAUAGAAUCAAAUGUACCCUAGAAGAUCAUAGAUUUAUACAAGCCUUACAAAAAAUAGUUUGAAAGUGUUAAACACGUCCUACAAGGGCAUACGUUUUAUUUAGAUUAAAGAUAUAUGCCGAUUGACAUAAGUGAUCUUUUGAUUUAUAAAUUCAGUUGGUCAAGGAGCCUAUGGGUGCGUUAUAUAGGCAAUAGACAAAUUAACAAAUAAGCCUGUCGCAAUAAAGAAAAUAGAAAAAACAUUCAAUCAUCGUUUAUUUGCAAAGAGAACUCUAAGGGAGUUGAAAAUUCUAAGAUUAAUAAGGCAUGACAAUGUAUAAUAAAUGUUUCAAAUGGAAUUUAGGUAGUGGACUUAAAAUAAGUCUUAUUGCCUCCAAGUCGAGAGGAGUUUGAAGAUGUUUACAUGGUGAUGGAUUUAUUGGAGGCUGAUUUAUCAUAGGUUAUAAAAAGUGAUUCAAUUUUAAACGAUGAUCAUAUGCGACUUUUCAUUUACCAAGUGUUAAGAGGAUUAAAAUAUCUCCAUUCAGCUGGUAUUUUACAUCGAGAUUUAGUAAUAUUCAUAAUAAAUUUAGAAACCUAGAAAUUUAUUAUUAAAUAGGAGUUGUGAUGUGAAGAUAUGUGAUUUCGGUUUAGGCAGAGCGACAGCAGAAAAUAUUUAAAAUAAUAUUAUGAUGACAUAUUAUGUUGAGACUAGAUGGUACAGAGCUCCAGAAUUAUUAAUUGGAUAUCAGAAUUACAAUGCGGCAGGUAUAUUUUUAAGUCUUAUUUUCAGUUGAUAUUUGGUCGGUUGGUUGUAUUUUAGCUGAGAUGAUACUAAGGAGACCAUUUUUAAGAGGAGAUUCUACAAAACAUCAGAUCAAGGUGAUUUUUGAAUUAUUAGGAACUCCAAAUGAACAAUAUAUUCAAUCAUUUUCGGAUUUAAAAGUCUAAUAAAAUUUAAGAAAAAUAAUCCAAGAAAAUGGUCAUUAAAAUGGGAUUGGAUUAAAUUAAAUAUUUGCACAUAUUAAUUAAGAUCGUAUUAAGCAAUUAAUAAUUAUUAUAGUCUUGGAUUUAUUGAAAGGACUUUUAAAAUUUGAUCAUAGAGUUCGUUUAACUGCUGCCUAAGCCUUACAACAUUCAUAUCUAUAGAUUUUACACAGCGAAGAAGAUGAAGUAUAUGAGUAAUUCUUAUUUUACUUAAGCCAACAUCUCUUCCGGUUAAUCCCUUAGAAUUCGAGUUUGAAAAAUAUGAAUUGACUAAAGAGUAAUUGAAAGGUAGAGAUAUCAAUAAUUUUCUAGACAUGCUCUAUGAAGAGAUUUUGCUUUAUCAUUUUUCAGAAUUUAGAAAUUAGCACUUCUAAAAACUAUAAUCUGGUCAAUCAUUAAUAGGCCACAUUAUUAACAAUGAAAACGCUAGGAUAAUUGAUCCAAAUGCUGAUGACGAUUUUGAAUAAUGA